AUGGACAAUCCUGCUGCUGCAAAUGCGUUCGGCACUCUUGGGGCAGUGCUCUGGUCGCUUCAGCUCUUGCCUCAAAUCUGGAAAAACUGGAGGCGGCACGACAGCCAGUCCUUAUCGUCGACGUUUUUCCUUUCAUGGGCUAUCGCCGGAGUGCCUCUUGGCGUGUACAACAUCGCCGACGACUUCAAUAUUGCCCUCCAGAUACAGCCCAACAUUUUGAUCUUUCUCAGUCUCUGGACUUGGUCUCAAUGCAAAUACUAUGGCGACAACUGGGGCAUCAAGAAAAUUGUCCCAUUUGUCACCGGCCUCGCCAUCGCUCUGGCCGGCGCUGAGUAUGGACUCGUAUACGCACUCCGCCUGGCCCGCGAGCGCGGGCACAUUUGGCCAUCAAUGCUCAUGGCUAUUGUAGCAGCGAUUUUGUUGGCUGGUGGUGUGCUCAGACAUUAUGUCCAGAUGUUGAGGACUCGAUCGGACGCUGGAGUGUCUCUGAAGUUUGCGACUCUCGAUUUGAGUGGAGAUGUGGCGUCGCUUUUGUCGGUGAUCUUCCAGAAGACACUAAAAAUUUAUGGCCUCGUUAUUUAUGGAUCUGAGUUGGCUAUUUGGAUUGGGCUGAUAGGCCUGGCUCUCUAUUACCGGCAUGUCGGCCAAGGCGAACCCAGCAAAACAACCGGGGCUGAUCCAGUGGUGGAAGACAUCGGCAACACUCAGACUACAGACCGCAACAAAGCGCAUCAGACUGUGUAG